GGAGAACCCACGAUUGACACGACAUAUCUUACUUACCCCGGCUUCUCCGUGGGAGGUCUUUGAUAUAAAGACAAGAUAUCACAGGGGAUGGCUGCAUGUCGCUGUCAAGUAAGCAGAGAGAUAAGUGGAAGUCAAGAACAGAAUGGAAGAAGAAACAGCUACUCGUACUGUCACGACACCGCCAGAGGAAGAGGAGGUUUUGGACUGGAAGCCCUUCAAGACUUCGUUUCUCCUUUUAGCACUAUGCAGCCAAUACUUUUGUCAGUUGCUCUUCAUCGUCGGCUCAGGCGUUUAUCCCCGUGAUAUCGCGGCAGUGGUGGGUGGAGAAUCCAUUGCUUCAUGGCCAGCAUCAUCUAUUGUCAUCCUUACGGCUGCUUUUGCACCUCCAGUCGCACAAGCUGCUGACUACUGGGGCCGAAAAUGGCUUCUGGUCAUUCCAACGUCUUUUGGUUUGAUUGGUAGUAUAGUUGUUGCAACAGCCCAAUCAAUGCAAGUGGCCAUCGUGGGAUUUGUGCUCGGCGGCGUGUCGUUCGGUGCUCAACCUCUCGUCCACGCGGUUUGCUCGGAGAUCAUCCCUCGCAAGUAUCGGUCCUACGCACAGUCAUGCAUCAACAGUUCGAUAGCACUGGGCGCAAUCACGAGUCUCACAGUCGGAGGUGCACUGACGAACCACCAUCCGGCCGGGUUCCGCACUUAUUGGUACAUCUGUGCCGGGGUGUAUGCCUUUUCCACCAUCAUCAUGGCGGUUCUGUACAACCCACCCCCUCGAGAUCUCCAGCUGUCGAUGACGUUGAAGCAAAAACUCCGCGCCUUAGACUGGACCGGGUAUGUCUUGUUCGACGCCGGUUUGGUUUUGUUUUGUUUGGGGUUGUCGUACUCCCAAAACCCAUUCGGCUGGACCAAUGCACACAUCCUGGCGCCAUUUCUACUGGGUUCCGCCAUAUUGAUCGUUUUGAUCAUAUACGAGACCAAAUUUAAAAAGGACGGAUUGUUCCACCACGGUCUGUUCGGUCAUCGAAAUUUCCCUCUCGCCCUGGCCGGUGUCACGAUCGAAGGGUUCGCGUUCAUGGCCGCAAACGUCUACUUCCCUUACGAGAUGGAGACGGUGGUAAGUGGCAUAUCGACGUUUCGGGUUCUCAUAGCCUACGCCGUUGGGUUUGUCACGCUCUUCGCCGUCUCGACGACCGUGGGCAUCUACAUUCACAAGACGAGGACGGUACGAGGUCCGGCCAUGGCUUCGUUCGUCGGAUUCCUAAUCUUCUUUGUCCUGAUGGCCACGAACAAGGCGUCUACCCCCGAAGCCCACUUUUGGGGAUUCAUCACCUUUUAUGGCGCCGGCUUGGGGACGUGUCUGAUCACCUUGGUCACCGCGGCGCAACUGUCGACCCCACCCGAACUCAUUUCUAUCACAUCUGGUCUGCUGGGUUCACUGAGGAGCGUGGGCGGCGCCAUCGCGGUGGCCAUCCAGAAUGCCAUCUUCAACCACGGAUUGACCUCGAACCUCGUCCCCAAGGUCACCGCGGCAGUCGAGCCGUUGGGUUUGACCGGCGACACGAUCGGUCCCUUGAUCGGUGACCUUACCGGUGGACAGGCGGAAGCGGCAGCCAAACUACCCGGAGUCACUCCCGAGAUCCUGGAGGCAGCAAGCCUGGCGGUUACAAAGGCCUUCGUGAUUGGUUUUAGGGAUGUCUUCAUUUGUACGGCUGCUUUUGCAUUCUUGGGUCUCGUCUUAUCGGCUUUCAUUCGAAACCCAACCGAAGAAUUUAACGCCCAUAUCGACGCUCCACUCGAGAAGAUUCCAGUCAGACUUGGUGAUGUCGAGAAGAAUGACGCCGGGGAGAACAGUAAGCUGCAUCACAGUGAGGAGGCUGAAAACCCGAAACCAGAGAAUGUGCUAGUGGAGUGAUGUACUACCGGCCAAUUCAGAAAAUGGCA